UUUCCUGGAAGAUGUAAGUUUAAUGGAUUUGCCUUUUCAGUUUUAGUGUUGGAAUUGGUUGGUAGGCUGCGCAAAACUACAAAUGGAUAAUCAACAAACCAGUCAUUUACCCAAGGAAAAGUUCGUAUGGAGAAUUGAAAACUUCUCUAAGUUGAAAUCUAAGAAGUUGUACUCCGAGACUUUCAUUAUGGGCGGCUAUCCAUGGAGGAUUCUUAUAUUUCCUAAAGGGAACAAUGUGGACUCUUUGUCUUUAUAUUUGGAUGUUGCGGAUUCCCGGAGUUUACCUCAUGGUUGGUCCAGAUAUGCACGUUUCAGCUUGGCUGUAAUUAAUCAAUUAAAAGGGAAGUAUACGGUCGAGAAAGAGACUCAACAUUGCUUCAAUUCAAAAGAGAGUGACUGGGGUUUCACAACAUUUAUGACUCUAAGUGAACUUCAUGACCCAAAUAAGGGUUAUAUUGUAGGUGAUACAUGUAUAAUUAAUGCUGGAAUUUCUAAUCCCCAGUCUGAAAAAGAGAAUCAAGUAGAUCAAGCAUUUGGUCCAACAUCCGCGGAAUCUCGAGAUAAAGCCGGACAUAUGGAAGUAAAAGAGCAAGAAGGGAAAAGUUCACCACUUUCUGCACCGGUUUCUAGUGUGCAUGCUCAGCAUACUGGUAAUCCUUCACUGCCUGCAGGAUUGACCUCCAACCCAAUGGAUGAGCUUUCGGAUUUCAGGGGUCUUGGGAAAAUAGAAAGCAUUUUUGUCCCACUGUUAGAGGAAAUUUGUUCCAAGCACCCAUCACUCAUUGAAUGUCAGCAGAAGAGAAGUAGACAAUUUGUUGAAUGGGCAUUCACAGCUUUGGGUAGAGUUCUUCAUUUCCUGAAGUCUAAAAGGGUGAAAGACAUGAAUGAUGAAACUUGUGAACAUCUUCAAAUUUUAUGGGAGGAACUUGAGACAUUUAGAUUUGAUUUGACUUGGCUUGAGCCUCAUGUUCAUUCAGCCUUAGGCAUGAAAAACUACUUAGAGAAAGCAACACAGGUGAAGAAGUUGAAGGAUAAUGUGAGUUCUCUGGAGAUGGAAAUGAAGAGACUUAAAGCAAAGCUUGCGUCUGCAGAGAUAGAUCUUGAAAUAGCAAAAAGAGACUUGGUGCAAGCAGAAGAAGGGUUCCAAGAGAGGGAUUUGGAUGCAGAACUCGGAUAUGGGAGGCCAUAGACCCUCAAAUAAUUACCUCUUAAUUGUGCAUCUUCGUGAAGAAACGCAUCAAUGUUUUGAUAUGUAUUAAUGUAUCUGGAGUUAGAUGUGGUGCCUAAAAUGUUUCCUUGUAAAUUGAACUUGAAAAUUCCAGUGCUGCAAUACCUGGCUGGCCACCAUACUUUAGUGCCCCCCCCCCGGGGGUUAUGUGUGACCAUAUGACUCCAAAAGAUGAGGGCGCAGUAGUACUUUUAACAUCUGCAUUCGAAUUUGAAAAUAUUAAAA